CCAUGUUUCCAGGUCUGUGUCUCCCACUACGACGUCCCAGAUACAAGCCAGGAAGAAGAGGAGAGGGAUCAUUGAGAAGCGGCGCCGGGACCGGAUCAACAGCAGCCUCUCGGAGCUGCGGCGCCUGGUGCCCACUGCCUUCGAGAAGCAGGGGUCUUCCAAGCUGGAGAAGGCAGAAAUUCUACAAAUGACAGUAGAUCACUUAAAAAUGCUUCAUGCCACUGGAGGAGCAGGCUUCUUAGAUGCUCGAGCUCUGGCUGUGGAUUACAGGAGCAUUGGCUUCCGUGAAUGCCUCACUGAAGUUGUCAGGUACCUGGGCAUCCUUGAGGGUCAAAAUGCUGCUGACCCCAUCCGGCUGCGCCUCCUCUCCCACCUGAAUAAUUACGUGGCAGAAAGGGAGCCUUCGCCUGUGGCCACUUCCCUCCUGCCCAUCCAGACGUGGCCGUGGUCCUUCCUCCACAGCACUGCGGGCCCCGUGCAGAUCCCCAGGAGGGAGGCUGCUCCCGCUCCGGUUCUUUUGACUGCAUCUUCUCUGGCGUACCCCAGCCCCGCUGUGAGGCCA